AUACAUUGUUGUGUAGGUAUGCCAUUGUUUCUCAUCAGUUUAAUGAGGUAAUGCGAUUUAUUCUUCAGCAAGAAUAAUGGCGAACAUUCAGCUUGUGCCACUCUCUGACAGCGACACUGAGCGGUUGAAAAAGGUUUACCCAACCCCAUUCGUUAAAUUAGGACAAAGGUUCGUGAGAACUGUGCCUGGAAACUGCAUUUUGCCUAAGGCCUAUGAAAAAUUCAAGAAUCGAUUUAGCAACUGGGACGUCCGCUCAGAAGAUGUUUAUGUUUUUACCUUUCCUAAAAAUGGCACAACCUGGGUACAAGAGCUCGUCUGGUGCCUGCAGAACAACUGUGACAUAGACAAGGCAAAAGCCAUUGCAGCCAUGGAAAGAGUCCCUUUUUUGGAAAGACCAGUUAUUGUUGACUUUUUAGAUGAGGCUCGUUCCCGCUUUGAAGGUUUCCACGAAAUGGUAGCGACCAUGGAUUCACCGAGAGUCUUGAAAUCUCACCUUCCGUUUUGCCAUUUUCCCGACGACUUACUCGACAAAAGCAGGGUAGUGAUAUGUUUGAGAAAUCCAAAAGACACAGUAGUCUCAUUUUUCCACCAUGAAAAGUUACUUCACGUGCAUGACUACAACGGUGAUUUCGCAACCUACUUCGAACUCUUCAUGGAUAACUUGGUGGUUUUCACGCCAUAUUUUGAAUACACCAUUGAAGCUUGGAAGCGACGAGAUCACCCAAAUGUUUGCCUUUUGUUUUAUGAAGAACUAAAAGCUGAUUUGGCAGGCAAUAUCAGAAAGGUGGCAAAAUUUCUGGGGAAGGAAAUCACAGAAGAGCAAGUUGGGAUUUUGGUUGAUCACUUAAGCUUUAAGAAAAUGAAACAAAAUAAGUCUGUGAAUUUAGAAGGACUCCAAGAUGGAAAGAUCUUGAAGAAAGAAGGGAGCUUUAUUCGAAAAGGUGAGGUAGGAGAUUGGAAGAACUACUUCACUGAAGAGAUGAACAAGCGAAUGGAUGAAGCAAUUGAAAAGUAUCUGAAGCCUGUUGGACUUGCAUUUCGCUAUGAGUAACUUCAUUAGUAUUUAGAAGUCUUUAGCAUAUUAAAAUUUUUCGGGAACCCCGCAGAACUAGCGCAGUCUUACCAGGCCCGUCGGAACCGGGGUUCUGCGCUAGGCUGGAGGGGGCUGGAGCCCCCCCCCCCAAUAAUUGUCAA